ACCGGCUCCGGCGCAAGCGUAGUGGCGACCCCGGAAGCGUGUCGGUGGAGUGUGCCUGCGCAUGUGUGAUGGCCACCGACAGGAAGGCUCGGGGGCUGCUUGGUGGUGCUAGGAGAAGGGUCAGCCGCUAAGCCCUGCUGCGGUUAGGUAGGGUGUCCGCUGCCAGAUGAAAGUGAGGAUAACGGAGCGGCAAUCAGAGUCAGCUAUUUUUAGUGCAUUCUGAAAGCUGGCAAAAUAUCACCUAUAGGCAAGAGGACUGCAGUUGGAUCACAAAUACAAAGCAUGGAUGACACAGAAGAGGAUUACAUGUCUGAUUCCUUUAUUAAUAUAAACCAGGACAUCAGGCCAGGAAUGCCUAUGCUGAGGCGCAUGAAGGAAUCUUUUAAAAAAGAAGAGAAACAAAAAGAAGCUAAUGAGAAGAGUAGGCAAAAGAGUUUAAAAGUACAGGAAAAAGAGCAACGUGAUGCUGUUUUAAACGUAGCUUUGGGAAACGAAAACAAAGGCUUUGCUAUGCUUCAGAAGAUGGGCUACAAAAGUGGCCAGCCUCUUGGCAAGAGUGGAUCGGGGAUUGUGGAGCCUAUUCCUCUGAACAUUACCACAGGUAGAAGUGGGCUUGGCCAUGAAGAAGUUAAAAAACGGAAAGCAGAAGAGAAUCUGGAAAACUAUAGAAGAAAAAUGCACAUGAAAAUACAAUCAGAGAAGCAAACUGCUGACCUCUUCAAAAUGAGAAUGAAGACCAAACGAGAGCAACUGCAAGUAAAACGGGACCUUGAGAAGAGUCAGAAAGCCUGUCAACAACUAGAUAUGCAGAAAGGCCUUGAGUUUCCUAAAGAGGUUUGGUACUGGUUAAGACCAAGUGAGGAGAAAGAGGAAGAUGUGGAUGAGGAGGAGGAGGAGGAAGAGGAAGAGGAUGAUGCUGUAUCAGAAAAAUUAAACAUUUUGACAGCAUAUUUAAGAGGAGAGCAUCUGUACUGCAUCUGGUGUGGAACAGCCUAUGAAGAUCAAGAAGAUUUAUCUUCAAAUUGCCCCGGGGAUACUUUUGCAGAUCAUGAAUAAUUCAAAAGGCAACAUUGUGUUUCAAAAUACCAUAAGAUAUACCCAAAGUAAAGAUAUGGACUGAACUUGGAAGACUGCAUAUUUUUGAAAACACAGAUUUUUGUGUGUGUGGAAUGUUAUAUAUUCAGAAAUGGAACUACACUAGCCAAACUUCUGUCUAUUCCAGUGACUCCUUUUCAACUCUGCAUACUAAAGAAGUCCUAUGAAAGGGCCUGUAUAACUCCUGGCCUGUUACAUAUGAAAGUUAUACACUCUACUUUUUCAACACUGCCAUGGUCUCUUCACAAAAAUGAUAAAGCAGCUAAAAAGACCAGACCAUUCUUCGUAGGGUACAUCCCCUGCAUGCUUAAUUGUGGGAGAUGUCCCUUUGAACUCAGUGGGGAUUUCUUCAAAAAGAAUCAGCCACAUGGGCUGAUUAAGCUUUUAAUGUUGGCCAAAUUAAUGGCCACGAUAUUUUGCAUGUUCAUGUCAAGUUCCAAACUGUGUUCUCAAUAUUUUAUUGAUAUCUUAGAGCAGUUUGUGUCUGCUUAACCCCUCUGUAACUAUUGCUAUGUCUAUAUCGUGACCCAUAAAUGAAUAUAUUUGUUGUGAA